CCUCCCUCGUUAGGGCCCGGGCAGACGCUCGAGAGGUAAGAGCAGACGAAGUUUAGAAAAUACAGACGGGCGGAGCGAGCCGAGGGGACCGCGACAUCCGCCCUUCAGAGACACGCUCGGCCGCCUCCAACGCCGUCGCGGCCCCCAGUCACGUGACCCCCGCUCUCGGCGAGCCCAGCUUCCGGCCGCUCUAGCCCGGGUGCCUCGGUGCUACCGGCGCCUUCCUCGUCUCUCUGGCGGACUGCGUCCUCCUUUCCCCGGCAGGACAGGGGCGUCGCGGUCUCUGAGAUCCCCGGUGAGCUUGUGAGGAAGCGAACACAUCUUGAGAAAAUGACCCAUUGGUUUCAUAGGAACCCAUUAAAAGCUACAGCUCCAGUGUCUUUUAACUACUAUGGCAUGAUCACUGGUCCUCCUGCUUCAAAGAUUUGCAAUGAUUUAAGAUCAUCCAGAACUCGGCUCCUCGAAUUGUUCACUGACUUGAGCUGUAAUCCAGAAACAAUGAAGAAUGCAGCAGACUUGUAUUUCUCACUUUUACAAGGUUUCAUAAAUUCACUGGGUGACUCUACCCAGGAAAGCAAAUUAAGAUACAUUCAGAAUUUCAAGUGGACUGAUACCUUACAGGGACACGUUCCGAGUGCCCAGCAGGAUGCUGUAUUUGAACUGAUUUCUAUGGGAUUUAAUGUAGCAUUAUGGUAUACGAAAUACGCUUCAAGAUUGGCUGGAAAAGAAAACAUAGCAGAAGAUGAAGCAAAAGAAGUCCAUCGAAGCCUAAAAAUUGCAGCUGGGAUUUUUAAACAUUUAAAGGAAAGUCAUAUACCCAAACUUCUUACACCAGCGGAGAAGGGACGGGACUUAGAGGCUCGGCUCAUAGAUGCUUAUGUCAUUCAGUGCCAGGCUGAGGCUCAAGAAGUAACAAUUGCCCGAGCCAUUGAGCUGAAGCAUGCUCCAGGACUGAUCGCUGCGCUUGCAUAUGAAACAGCCAGUUUCUACCAGAGAGCAGAUCAUACUUUAUCCAGUUUGGAGCCUGCAUACUCUGCCAAAUGGAGAAAAUACCUCCACUUGAAGAUGUGCUUCUACACGGCUUAUGCGUAUUGUUACCAUGGCCAGACUCUGCUGGCCAGUGAUAAAUGUGGAGAAGCAAUCAGGUCUCUCCAAGAAGCAGAAAAAUUGUACACUGAGGCAGAAGCCCUGUGCAAAGAGUAUGGGGAAACCAAAGGACCAGGACCAACAGCCAAGCCGUCAGGACACUUGUUCUUUCGGAAGCUCGGAAGCCUUGUGAAGAACACGCUGGACAAAUGUCAGAGAGAAAAUGGGUUCAUUUACUUUCAAAAAAUUCCAACAGAAGCUCCACAACUGGAACUCAAAGCAAACUAUGGGCUGGUAGAGCCUGUACCUUUUGAAUUUCCUCCUAUGAGUGCUCUCUGGACACCGGAAGCAUUGGCUGCAUUUGAUCUCACCAAGAGACCCAAGGAUGACAGUGUCAAACCCAAACCAGAAGAAGAAGUGAAACCUGUAAAAGAGCCAGAUGUGAAACCUCAAAAGGACACCGGGUGCUCUGUCUCUUAGGAGUGGCGCUCACGUAGAAAUCUCUGUUAGUCCAUAGAUGAACUAUGGGAUUCAGUUCACUUUUUCUCAUUUCACUGAAGCCCAUAGUAUAACUGUUAGCUUCAGAGGGACUUGGCCUUCAGUUUAUUUAUUCUUGAUUUUUAACAUAAAGGUAUUAAAUGCUUUUGUUUUGGGGGCCUAUGUUUUUAAUCAGGACAACAUUUGAAAGGGUUGGUUUUUAUGCCUCUAAUGAAUGUAUGUGGAGAUUGAACCUUUUAAACUCUAGAUAGUAAGUUUCAUAUUAAUGUUUUUCUAUCUUCACAAAAAUGUUUCUUUUCCUUGUUUGUUACUAGAAGAAUGUUUUGAAAAGAGAUGGGCUCACAUCUUAUCACUGACUCAUUAGGUUUAAUUCAGUCUUCUGGUGGAAAAAGAGAAUUGCAGUUAAAAUCAGAAAAUCUUCAGACCAAAUUCUUUUCUUACACUUACCAGAGUCUAUAAUUUACUGGAAAAUCAGUGUUUAGAAGAGCAUGUAACUUAGUUGAAAAUCAGCAGUGGUGGGUCUGCUGACCCCAGACCCUGCCUUCAUGGGCAUAGUCCCAUGCUCCCUCAGCUACCCUCAGUAUCCAGACUUUUGUUGUUGUUUUUUUUCACAAGUACCUUUUCUAAUGAAAUUUUUACUUAAAGCGUAAAGCUUUGUACUAGCAUUUGGUGUUUCUGUGUAGAGAGAGAUUAAAGAAAGAAAGGAAAGUGUGUUUUGAAGAAGUAGAACAUUGCAUGUUGUAAAGAAAGCCUUCAUAAACUCAGCCGAGACAGGUUGUCCUGGAUCACACUGAGAAUUCCUCUGUUAGAAGUGUCUUAAGAAAAUUUCUCUUGCUACCUGAUUUUGGUGUACAUUAUGUUUUUAACAUGGUUUUCUGUCAGAAUUGUUUGGCUUUAGGCCAAAGGCCAUAGCAGCAAAAGGUUAGGAUAUAGACAUAUAAAAUAUGGUCUUCAAAGUGGGUUAUAUUGCUUAAACAAUUUGAUAAUAUCCACAAACUGGAAACUAGCGGAGGAUGUGUGAUACUUUACCGAGUAACGUAUCUGCAGGUGUAUCCUUGCUGGUUGCUCUCCUGGAGUCUUAACUUCCUUUCAUAGGUGACAGAUUGGUUCACUUAGUAGAAGUAAUAGUGUACAUGAGAACCUACUGUGUGCCAGACAGUGUGCAGGCACUGAUAACCCACUAUGUCCCCAUAGUAACCCUGUGAGAAACACAGCAGUCUGCAUAAAGUACUGAAACAGGAGUAUACAUCUCAUGAUGAAGAGUGAACAGAUCCUGCCUGUCAAUCAAGACUGUAUUUAAAAAAUCACAUAUCAUAGUUUACAGUCCUUUGAAAAGCUACAUAGAAUCAAGGUUUUUUUAUAUAAUGUAGAGAUGUUAAUUACAGCUUGCAGUUUUUAUUUAAUAUUUGAAGCUGUAGCUUUCGGAAUACUUGGAGUAACUACUGAGUGGGCAUUAAGUUUUAUUUUGCUGCCUAUAGAAAAGAAAUGUUUUCACCCUCACUACAGGGCCCCUUUUGCUAGUUACUGACAAAACCCUAACUAAUACUUGCUGCUGCCUGUUUACCCUGCCUGUAGGACUUGUUUUAGGUGCUAGUACUCACUAACCUAAGUAGUGAAUCUUCACUCUGAGCUUUGUGUGGACUGAACUGCCAUUCACCAAAUGGAGACGCAUCCAGUGCUUUUGUAAAGGGCGGUAAACGCAGGCGUUUGCAUCCACAGCCGGCAGUGUUCACAUGCUCAGAUGAGAAGUCCUCCGUUGACUGAAAAGGUGAUACCAGGUGCCUCAUAGACCCCGAUAUAUAAGCUUUAGAAGCAGUAUUGGGGAUUUGGGGAGCUGCUGAACAUAAGGCAAGAGCAUGAUGGCUGUAGAGAGGUACACUACUGUUGCAUGUAUUUCAUACCAGGCAAGGACAGCUCCCGUGCUACUUCUGCUCAGUGUUUAUACAAUGAUCUUAUCUUUCUAUUUAUAAAAAUAAAAGCAAUUUUACUUACAUA